AUGGCUUUACCGUUAGGAUUUACAACACCAACCGAAUAUUUCAAAGAAUGUCUAAUGUUCUUCAAAAAGUAUCAGCACCUUUUCAAUUUUCCCAAUACAGAUAUAUUAUUAAGUAACGUUUUAGACCAAAUCGAAAUAGACUGCUUAGACGAUUUUGAUACUUUCGCGGAUGAUUUUGAUAUCAACACAAUACGAUGUGGUUAUUUAACAAAUUUUUAUGAUAAUUUAAAUAAAUUAAAGGUGGAUUAUGAAGAAUUUGAGAAUAAGGAUUUAGAGUUUUUAAUAGAUGUUCCCUUAAGUGUUAAAAAGAAGCACGAAAUAGCUAACUUAGCUGAGGAAAUCAAUUUAUUGUGUAAGGAGGCGGAUUGUGAUACUGUCGUCGAUUUUGGAUCAGGAUUGGGCUACUUGGAUCAACAGAUCUUUAAGACAGCGGGCUAUAAUGUUUUAGGAAUAGACUGCAAUGAAUCUCACUACGUUGGCGCCAAAAAACGCCAAAGAAAAUACCAUAGCGAUUCUACUGAACGGGUUAAAUAUAUAAAACAUACUAUUACUGAAGAUUCUUAUAAAAAUAUAAAUGAAUAUAUUCAAGAUAAGUUUUCAAAUUGUAGCAACUUUUGUAUAGCCGGCUUACACGCGUGUGCUGAUUUAACUAUAGAUGCUAUAAAUAUAUUUUUGAAAAUGGAUAAGGCUAAAUCGUUAAUUAUCAUGCCGUGUUGCUAUCAUAGAUUAAAUAUGGAUGAAAGUUGCAAGUUUAAGAACUUUCCUCUAAGUGAUGCUUUGAAAGACGUGUAUGAUGAAUAUAGUGGAGCAGAUUUUUUGACAGUGCCGUUUCUGAGGCUAGCAACACAGCCCCAAAAUGUUAGUAAGGAGAAAAUGGAAGAUUUGGUUUUUAAUUUGUUAGCGCGAGCUGUUUUACAACUCUAUAGCUCCAAACAUAGUUGCAGGCUCAAACGAAAUAAACGUAAAGCGGUGCGUUUGAAAUCUAUACAAAACAAUUUUGAAGAGUAUAUCGAAGAUGCUAUUCUAGGCUAUACAUUGAUUAAAAAUGAAAUUGCCGAAAAAAAUAAAACCGAGGUUUUUAACAAGGAAUAUCUUUAUAAUAUUUGGCGGGAAAUCCCUCAGGUGACGUUUAGAAAAGCCGCCAUUUUCAUUUUACUUCAAAACGAUUUGCAACCGGUGUUUGAGAAUUUUGUAUUAUACGACAGAUUAUUAUAUUUACAAGAAAAGGGCGUAAGAAAUUGUAAAUUCAAGAAAAUUGUUAAUGAAAAUAUAUCACCGAGAUGUUUAGCAUUAAUAGCUCAAAAAUAGUUAAAUUUCUUUUGUUUUUAAUAAAGUUUUAAUUACCUGA